AUGGCCAAUGUGUAUGAUGGUCAAGCUCAGGUUCUCGUCGAGUAUCUGAUGCAGGAGUUCGCCUUCGGUCCCGGCCAUGACUGCACCCUCACGUCCGAGGCUGCUGCUGUUCUCCAAUUUAUAAAUGAAUGGGCCAGGAAGCACCUUGUCCUUGGAAGGCGUCCACACCCAGUCGCCUUGGAGGCCCUGGAUCAUGCCAUGGAAGGCUUGCUCCCUGACACCUGGGCUGAGCUUCGCCUGGACCCUGAACGACUGGGGCGUGCGCUGCCGUGCAGUGAGCGACAGAGGUCAAACAUUCUCCUCUUGUUGCACGCCCUGCAUGAUGUGGGGGCCAGGACAAAGACUGUCGCGACGCUGUUCGACUUGGGUUUGUCCUCGUCUUCGCCUUCGCCUAUGCCUGAACAUCCAGUGGUGAACGGUCCACCCCAAGAUGAGAUUUCGUCGCCUUUGGCUUCAAGAAGCAAAUCGUCAGGCACAGGGGAUGCUGUUUCACACUCAGUGGCUCUCCUCAGGGGACAUGCAGCCUCGCCUUCGUCUUCUCCAGCUGCUGGCAGCGCCGGCCUGUUCCCGGUAGAUCUGGGGCAGUGUGACUCGCACUUUGCUGUCCUGCUGCAAAAAAUGUUGAAGGAAGACAGCGAUCCCCAGUCCCAGAGCGGCAGUACGUAG